AUGAGUUAUAAUAGAGGCAGAUUUAAUUACCGGAAACGUGGUUUUUCACGUGGAGGAAGUAGUUCAUCAGGACGGAGCACCCCAUCAAACGAAUCAUCUGUGCAAUCUUUUACCAAUUCUGCUAAUUUACCGGAAGUUGUCAGAAGAUCUGGAGAGCAACCUUUAAUAUCAGUUGCUUUGGACGUUAUUCCUGGACCUUACCCAGGAUGGAAAUUAUAUUUCCCUCUUGAAGUUUAUACUGCUGGAUCUCAGACAGUAAAAAAUAUCAAAGCUAAUCUCAUAUCACAAGAAGAACGGUUUUAUAUAACUUACAAAGAUGUAGAAAAUUAUUGUGGUACCCUAUACAUAUGA